AUGGCGGACGUUCCUCUAGAUGCAUACGACGCGAUCCUUCAGCACAUAUACACACAGACGCAGACUUACUCCUUCUUUAAUGGCUCGCACUCGACUGGCGUAUCCCUUAGGAUAGACCAGGCCGCGAGCACCUUUCGCACUUUCCCCUACAAUGACCCGUCUCUCGCCGCUUUCGAGACCGCUGUUAUUGGCCUCAACCCGGAAGUAGCGAUCAAGCUGCGAAGUGCCACCGUGCAAGCGGCGGUGCUCACUCUCCGACCGAACCAAAAUUCUCUCUUCAUCGACGCCGAAUUUCGGAUCCAGGUCAUCGACACCGUUGCGGAGCUCCCGCAUGUCGAGAAGGGACAAGGUGCAGCGUUCGUGAGAGACGAACGUGCCCUCGUCGUCUGGUCAGACCGAACAGAUGAUAUUAUUGACUCGGCCAAGGAGUUUGAGCAACGUCUACUCGCUCUGGUGUGGGGUCGACACUCGUCUACGCGCCCCUCUAGUCUGGCCCCGUCUAUGUCAUCUUCUCCAAGGAUUGGACCUGUUGGCUUGCCCCCGACACCUGGGGCUCCCGGCACGCCCGUUGUAGCCGGGCAUUCUCAUACCCCAUCCCUCGCAGCCUCCUCUUCCAUAGGCGGCAUUCCCCCGCUUGACCUCAAUGAGAAGAGCGACGGAAACCUUGCCGAGAAGGGUAUGGCCGACGAGCAGAUUGACCCGAAGCGCGAUCUUCGUCCUCUCCGUGUAUACGGCCCAAUAUACGAUGGCCUUGCCGUCGGUUUAGCCUUUUUCUUCGUCGGAACCGGUGUUCGUACACUGUUGGCUGAAUAUACACUUGACAAGGAUGCGACACGAUUCGCACUCCUCGUUACUGCGCCGCUGUUCUUCUUCGUGUCGCUGUUCUUUUGUAUCACCCUCAUUGGGUCAAUAUCCCAAGUCAUCGGACCUGUCGCGCAAUGCCACGAGAACUCGCGAUACUACUCAGCCAUCCCACCCCCUCCUCCUCGUAUCGAUCCAAACAACCCAGACAGUCACGCUCUACCCCAUGUUACCAUUCAGAUGCCCGUCUACAAGGAGUCGCUCAACGAGACGAUUGCCCCCUCCGUCUACUCCCUUCAGAAAGCCAUGGUAACAUACGCAAGGCAAGGCGGAACUUCGUCAAUCUUCAUCUGCGACGAUGGUAUGCAGCUUCUCUCUGACGAAGAUCGCAUCCUUCGGCAAGCUUUCUAUGCCAAGCAUCGUAUCGGUUGGGUCUCACGUCCUGGACACUCAAACGAGAAGGACGGAUUUAAGCGCGCAGGUCGAUUUAAGAAAGCUAGCAACAUGAACUUCUGCUUGAAGAUCGCUGAGCGCAUGGAGGAGAUCAUUAAGGAAAUGCUUUUGGAAGAAGCACGCGCCAGCUCACCACCCCCUCUUCCUACUGCCGGCGGCACCGCUACACCCGCUACUGGCACGACCAAUCCCUUCGACGACCAAUUUGCUUUCACCUAUGAUCCAGAUCUUGAAGAGAAGGCUCUACAGCGUGCCUGUGCUGAGACUAACGGUCAGGCAUGGGCUGCCGGUGGACGUUCUCUCCGUCUGGGCGAAAUCAUCCUUCUAGUCGACUCCGACACCCAGGUUCCCGAAGACUGCCUUCGCGACGCUGCUCGUGAGCUCGCAAUCUCCCAGGAAGUCGCCAUUAUUCAGCAUGAAUCCGACGCGAUGCAAGUCGCCAACCACUACUUCGAGAACGCCAUCGCCUACUUUACUCGCCGCGUCAACAAGUCGAUCACCAUGGCGUGUGCCAACGGCGAGAUCGCUCCGUUCGUCGGUCACAACGCAUUCCUGCGCUGGUCGGCAAUGAAGGAGGCCGCGUUCGUCGACAAGGACGGCCAGAGGAAGUACUGGAGUGAAGAGCACGUAUCUGAAGACUUUGACAUGGCCAUGCGGGUACAGCUGCGUGGAUACAUCGUGCGGUGGGCGACAUACAGCAACAAGGGAUUCAAAGAGGGCGUCAGUCUCAGUGCAGAUGACGAGUUGAACAGAUGGACGAAAUAUUCGUACGGGUGUAACGAACUGCUGCUCAACCCCAUCUAUACGUGGCCGUGGAAAGGACCGUUUGCACCGCAGAUCCGGCGGUUCUUGUGGUCGAGCGCUCCGAUCCACUACAAGAUCUCGAUGCUAGCGUACAUGUUCAGCUACUACGGCAUCGCGUCUGCGCUGAGCAUGGGCGUGCUGAACUACAUCCUGCUGGGGAUGCAGUUCCACAUCGACAACUUCUACAUGCGCGGGUUCGAGCUGUGGCUUGCGUGCUUUGUUCUGUUCCUGGGUGCAGGCAACAUCUCGUUCACGAUCAUGGAAUACCGUCUUGGAAACCGAAGCAUUCUGGAAUCGCUGUUCGAGAACAUCAAGUGGUUGCCGUUCUUCUUCAUCUUCUUCGGGGGGCUGUCUGUGCAUCUGUCGAUUGCGAUCUUGUCGCACCUGUUCUCAAUCAACAUCACGUGGGGGGCGACGAAGAAGGAGGUGGAGCGGUCGAACUUCUUCGAGGAGGUGCCGAAGAUCCUGAAGCGGUUCUGGUUUGUGCUGACGCUGUGUACGUGCAUCAUCGCGGGGAUGGUGAUCUUGUCGACGAAUUUGGUGCCGGCGGAGUGGCAAGUUACUGGCGAGGCGUGGGCUGUGAUUCUCCCCUUGGCCCUGAGUGUUGCAUGUCAUGUUUUGUACCCGAUUGUACUCAAUCCGUGGCUCAUGAUCUUCUCGUAUUAA